CCCUCUCUUCGAUUUACAGGCGUUCCAUCGGAGGUUUCUCCUUCUGGAGCUCCAUGUUGAUCCCCGGGGCGUGCGCCGGGCUCACCAUCUUCAUCGACCACGUCAACAGGCGUAAGAUAGUCAUGAACACAUUUUACAACAUGGCUUUGGAGUACCUCUACGUUCGGGCCCAGAUUGCCGGCAUAGUGCGUCGCAGUGCUCCUGUGGACACAAUCGCCUUCAUGGUCAUCAACGCCAUGCUGCUCUCCCUCUUGCACAAGGAGAGUACGAAGAAAAAGAAGACGCCCGUAUUUUGGUUUUUUAUACCCGAGAGUGAAAGAAUAGAAAUCAAUACAUCAACCCAAAAAACUUGUCCAGUUCCCCACAAGGAAACAUGCUGGAGAUCAGCCUUGCAGGCUACUACAAAAUACUCAGCAUUGGCUGGAGCACUACAAGCCCUACGAGUGGUGAUGGCUAAAGGAAGUACUAUUGCAAAUGAUCCAACUACAUUUUUCAGAGAAUUUUGUUCUAAAAGAACUGGGGCUGGCAUUUUAUCAGUAGGAGGAUACGUAUUUCUAUACAAGGUUGCACGGUGUGCCUUGGCUUUGAGGUACGGAUCAGACAACUAUCAGCAUAGUGCCAUUGCAGGUCUGGCUGCAGGCACAGCAUUUUGGCUCCAACCCAACACUACUAUCCUCACAUCUGCACUCAUUGCUACAAUACGCCUGCUGCUUGAUUACUUACCAAGACAACUGAAAGCACUUCGUGAAUGGCCUAUGCCCGAGGUACUUUUUGCUCUUUGCAAUGGCAUUUUAUUUCAUGCACGCUGCAUGGACAUGGCUCAUUGUCCUAGAUUUGUUAUUCACAUGAUGGAUACUGCUACAAGAAACAGGUCAAACACAAUUUACAAUACAUACUUAAAGCUCAUAAAUAGUGUACAACUAAAAACAUGAAGAACGUGUUUGGACUAUGAAGGACAAAUUUGUUCAUGCCUUGCUGAGGUUGAAAUUAAAAGAGCAUGAAAACAUUUCUAAAUGAAGAGGGGAUUUAGCACCUUCAGUUGAUAAACCACAGAGGUUGAAUAAUAAUUAUUUUUUAAAAAACCUA